GCUCUCCUCUCUCCAGCCUCUCCAUGCCUGCGGACCCCCCACCCCAACCCCCGCGGCUGGAGGCUUUUUCUCGCGCUUACAUAAAGGUGCGCUUAUGCAAUUACGUUGUUAGUGACAUUGGGGGGGGAGCAGUGGCUCCUUUUCUAAAGGGUUUCUAUAUGAAGGGGCUAUUCAUAUUUGGGAAAACAAGCACUGAUAACACCUUGCAACGUUAAGAAGACUUGGGGCUGGGUUUUUGUUUGUUUCAGUAACCCAACCUCUACUGGCUGAAAGUGGGAUUACCUAGGUGGAGUAUAGGAGAGAUAGUGGCAGGAAGAAUGGAAAUGAUUUCUGACAGGUCAAAAGAGAGUGUGUACUCCUGGAAUAAAACUGCAGAGAAAAGUGAUGUUGAAGCUGUAGAAGCACUCAUGUCCAUGAGCUGCAGUUGGAAGUCCAAUUUUAAGAAAUACUUUGAAAACAGACCAGUUACACCAGUAUCUGAUAUGUCAGAGGAAGAGAAUGUGCUUCCUGGUACUCCUGAUUUUCAUACGAUUCCAGCAUUUUGUUUGACUCCACCUUACAGCCCUUCUGAUUUUGAACCUUCCCAAGUGUCAAAUCUGGUGGCACCAGCGCCAUCUACUGGACACUUCAAGACCUCAGAUCCUGCCAAACCUCACAUUGCUGCACCAUUAAAAGAGGAAGAGAAGGAUUCAGUGCCUACCCCCAGGCUCCCCAAAGCUCAGGCAACAAGUGUGAUUCGACAUACGGCCGAUGCCCAGUUAUGCCACCAUCAGUCCUGCCCAGUGAGAGCAGCCAACAUCCUCAGAUAUCAGGACAGCUCUUUCCAAAGAGGAUUCCACCUGAAUGGUGAAGCUACCAGAAAAAACAUACCUUGUGCAGCUGUGUCGCCAAGCAGGUCCCAGGGUGAGAGAAAUACAGUGGCAGACACUGAUGAGAAAGCCAGUGCUGCACUGUAUGACUUCUCUGUGCCUCCCUCAGAGACAGUCAUCUGCAGGCCCCAGUCGGCCCCUGUGUCCCCUCACCAGAAGUCUGUUGUGGUCUCUCCACCUGCAGUGGCCGCAGGGGGAGUGCCACCCAUGCCGGUCAUCUGCCAGAUGGUCCCCCUUCCUGCAAACAGCCCUGUGGUGACAACAGUUGUUCCCAGCACUCCAGCCAGCCCACCGUCUGCAGUCUGCCCGCCAGUCGUGUUCAUGGGCGCACAGGUGCCCAAGGGCGCUGUUAUGUUCGUUGUACCCCAACCUGUCGUGCAGAGCCCCAAACCUGCAGUGGUGAGCCCCAAUGGUAUCAGACUCUCUCCCAUUGCCCCUGCGCCUGGCUUCUCCCCUUCCACAGCAAAAGUCACUCCUCAGAUUGACUCCUCAAGGAUAAGAAGUCACAUCUGUAGUCACCCAGGAUGUGGCAAGACCUAUUUUAAAAGUUCUCAUCUGAAGGCCCACAUGCGAACACAUACAGGAGAAAAACCUUUUAGCUGCAGCUGGAAAGGUUGUGAAAGGAGGUUUGCCCGUUCUGAUGAACUCUCCAGGCACCGGCGGACCCACACAGGUGAGAAGAAGUUCGUCUGUCCCAUGUGUGACCGUCGCUUUAUGAGGAGUGACCACUUGACCAAGCAUGCCCGGCGUCAUCUGUCUGCCAAGAAACUCCCAAACUGGCAGAUGGAAGUGAGCAAGCUCAACGACAUUGCCUUACCUCCAACUCCUGCUCCCGCACAAUGACAGACUAGGAGGUAAAGAGCCUGAACUAACUUUGGCCGCACCCAGGCAUCAGUGAUGUCAUAAAAAUGCACCCACUGCAAGUCUGUGGCCCUGCUGUGCCCCUGCUGUGCUGGCUGAGAGCAGAAGCCCCACCCACAGCCUGGGGAGAAGGCCCAGCCUGAGUUACAGAACAGGAAGCAUUGAGGCCACAGGCAGUCACAGUGGCAGGGUUCAUUUCUUAACAUGCAAAAAAGAUGAGAAAGGUUUUUAUCCCUUUAAACACUUUCUGAACAUUUCAGAUGAGGUCUACACAGGCAGUAGGGAAUUCGAACUUGUAUGUACAACUUGUUACUUCAGCCUUUGUAUUUGAGACCAGCGUUUCUAAGAGACCCUUCCAAAGCAUUGGUUUUGAGAGUAAAGAGAAAUGGAGCUACAGAGAUGGAGGUGUCAGAUCAGCUUGCAUUACGGAUACUGUCAUCUUUUCCUAGAGUUAACUUGUUUACUAUUUCUAGCCUUUCCAGUAGACUUCUGUGGACAUAGUUGUUAGAAUUGUAUCUUUACACUUGCUUACAUUUGGAGUUGAGCAGUUGUAUAUUGCAAAAGAGGGCCCAGAGAACUGGAAUCCUCAUUAAUUUAAUUGCUUUGAAAUGUAGCUAAAAGAAAAAAAAUUUCUUUGCAUCUUUGUUUUGAAAGUGUUAACAGAUUUCUAUAUCUAGUAGGCAUUGUAUGCUUUGAACUUUAGUUUGCCUGCAGUUUCUUGUGUAGAUCUGAAAAUUGUAUACAAACAUGUUUUCUAGAGACUAAGAUACACUGCACUUUGUUUAGAAAAAAGUCAGAGGUGAAAAUGUACUAUAAAGAAUGGAUGCGAAGAAGUUUAAAGAACUUGGAAAGAUCGCUCGUCAUUUAGUAAAGUGUCAUUUUGUUGAGAGAAGACAACAUGGGGUUUAUUGAAUGAGAAUGUACAUUAUUCCUAAGCAGAUAGUUUCCCUGUUAAUUUAAAAAGAGUUUUGGGGGAGAAUGUGGAAGGAAGUAGGUGGGUAAAAAAUAAUUAGGAUAUUUACUUUUGUUAUUUCUGUUAUAUUCUGCUGUAUAGUGGGUGAUAUACACAGUGAUAAGACAAAAGUAAAUAGUGAAAAAUACAACUAUAUCUUUUCAUUUAACAGAUUGCACUAUUGGGUAUAGGUUUCUGAUACCACCUUGGAAAACAAGAAUUUCUGUUAAAAAAAUAAAAUCAUGUGAUUUGCACAAUA